AUGUUGUUGUGUGAUAACACUGAGCAUCUCCUUCACUCUAAGGAAAUCCGAGAACUGCAGGCCCAACUUCAGGAACAGCACAUCCAAAUUGAUAUGGAUGUUUCUAAGCCUGAUCUUACUGCUGCCCUGCGUGAUGUUCGCCAACAGUAUGAAAGUGUUGCUGCUAAGAAUCUUCAGGAAGCUGAAGAGUGGUACAAGUCCAAAUUCGCAGAUCUCUCUGAAGCUGCUAAUAGGAACAACGAUGCCCUGCGCCAGGCCAAACAAGAAGCUAAUGAAUACCGCAGACAGAUUCAGUCUCUCACCUGCGAAGUUGAUGCCCUUAAGGGAAGC